CAAAAUUGUGACGUCACGAUUAUUUCACGGCAAAGAAGGUCGCACUGAUGAACUUUGCAAGAAAGAACAGAUAAAAUGUUUGUCAGGAGAGUUUUAAUUUGCUUGUUCAUAUGGAGUCUGUUUAUACCAGGACAAGCAGCAAAAUCAAAAAAGGAUAGUUCACCAGCAGCAAAUGAAGAAAAGGAAAGUCCGACAGCACCAAAAGUAAAAAAGGAAAGUGCGCCAGCACUAAAAGAAAAAAAGGAAAGUCCACCAGCACCAAAAGUAAAAAAGGAAAGUCCACCAGCAGCAAAAGAUAAAAAAGAAAGUCCACCAGCAGCAAAAAAACCGAGUCCUCCAGCCAAUGAACCUAGCCCAGAUGAUCCUAGUGGUAUAGAGAGGGAUGUAGACGACCCGAGGGAUAAGGUUUUUCACGAUAAAAGCGAGCUUUUGGCCACUCACCCAACAUGUCAUAUUGGCGCGGGUAAAUGUAGGAGAAAAAGGGAACUUGGUAGGAUAAAAACAGCACAGACAGAGGAAGGAAACGGCUUUCUUAAGGUUUAUGAAACACAUGGUAGCGAAAAAUUGAUUACAAGCAUUAUCUAUUUCUUAGAAAAUAACAAAUGUAGUAAAGCAAGUAAAUUGGUUGAUCUGUUGUAUAAGAAAGUAGUUCAGAAAGUGGACAAUAAUAAAAACAACAAAUUUACAAAUCCAAAUCUGACCCAAAAAUAUGGAUAUAAGAAAAGAAGGUCUACAGUAGUGCAGUUAGAAGAUGAAAUCUUUAACCAUUUUCAAGCCAACCAAAAACAUCAACGACGAAUGAAAAGAUUUAGAGAUAUGUUUAGUUUGUCGGAAAAGACAGUUUACUUGACCACACCUCUUCGACUUCAACAUAUUAUAUCAGAAAUUUACUACACAAAACCUAUGCCUGUUACUCAUAUUGAUGAACAGAUUAAACAUGAAAGAAAUCAUACGAACCAUUUGAAAGAUGAGUUUUUCAGAAAACACAUGUUAGUUAUUUUAAAUGAUCUAGAGAAAAAGACCUUACAAGACACUGGAAAGGCAAUUAAAGAGAUUGAAAGUUUAUUUUCGCACUACCGUGACCUAAGGACGACAUGGUUUUUAUCAAAAUUUAUUGAAUAUGUAAAAGGUUACAAGAAAAAGAACAUGGGCCCAUUUUAUGAUAAACUGGCUUCGAUGGAUUAUGAAAAAAUAGAUAGCAUGAAGGAGGAAAAUCUGCAUCACAAACAGGAGUUAUUAGAGAUUCUAAAAGUGAUCGACAACGAAACUAAAGCUCAUGCCAUGAUAACAGAUCUAUUUAAACUACUUGCAUUGCACAGUACAAUUAAUGAUUCUCAUGUGGAUACACUGCAUACCGACAGCUUUCUUGCUCAAAACAUUGAACUGUUAAUAAAUAUUAUGAAUCUUUUGAAAAACAAUGAGUGCAACAAGGCGACUGUACAAAUGAAAAUUUUAUAUAAGAAACUGAAGGAUUCAAAAGGCAGAAUUUAUAACAUGCCCACUUCGCCAAAACAGAAUCUAAUAAGGGGAAAUAAUGUACCGAGACACAAUGUACAAACGAAAGUUGUAUAUAAGACACUGAAGGAUUCGAAUGGCAGAACUAAUAACAUGCCCACUUCGCCAAAACAGAAUCUAAUAAAGGGAAAUAAUGUACCGAUGGACAAUGAGCAAGCAUAUAACAAGGAGAAGACGUUGUAUAGCUUAAUAUAUCUUGAGGAUAUGGUUGAUCAAUUAGAAAAGGGUCGAUCAAUAUCGUCAUCAAGUCAUCAUUUAGAAGAAUUUCUGAAAAAACAUCACACAUUUAAAAAUAAUGGUCCUGUAAGAGGUAUUUUACAUCUUUUAAAAGAGAAAUUGGUUACAAAAGCGCUGGGGUUAAUAAAGCUGUUGCGGCAAAAAACACUGCCGUCCGUUGAAAAUAAUAGGAAAAGAAGAUCGACGGUACCGCAAUCGGAUACUGUAUCAAUACUCCGCCGCAUAUUGUUGCUUAAAUCAUUUGGUGUGGAUAGAUUAAACCGUUUAGCUGAUAAGCUUACAAAGUCUGAAUUAAGAAUUACAAAACUUCAUCCGGAUCCAAAAUAUAGAUACGUUGUAUUAAAAAUUCUGAAAAAUAUUGUAAAUGAGGAAGACAAAAGAGCUUCAUAUUUGUUAGACGAUUUCUCAAAUUGGUUAAAUCCAAAAGGUAUGAAAAUAACAAAACAUUCUAAAUCAAGUACAAAUAAUCAUUUAUUUAACAAGCAACGCAAUGGAACGAUUGAGCCAUUUUCAAGCUCGAACCACAACAACAAUAACCUGGAAUUAAACCGUACGUUCCCAAGUAACAUAACUCUUACAUUCAAGCAGAAUAUCAAUAUUAAUUUAUUUGGAGAAAAAGACAAAUCCACGAAGAAUAUAGGAGGCAGUAAUACAGAGAAAUUAACAAACAGGCACGAUAACAAAUCAUGGCAAGGACGGCAGGUAUUGCCGAAUAAAAACGAAAUAAAUGAUUCCAAAGAAGUUAGACAGUGGCAAGACAAUUGGAGGUACCUGACAAAUAGCUACAGGAAAUUGACAGAUAUGGAAAAAGAAGAAAAUGAAAAGGGAAGUCAAAAUAAAAAAUUACCUAGGAGAUUACAACCAACCGAAAACACCAAAGGGAAAAGUCGAAAAAUAUAUGUAAAUACACAUAACCAGCAUCUAAAUAAAAAUAAAAAAAUGUCAGCAUCAAGAACUCCAAUAGAUAUAGAUCAAACCAUUUCUAAACUCACACCAAUAACUCUGAUGCACGAAAGCAAACAAUAUGAAAAUGCAAAUGCAGCUAUAGAAGCAGAGAGACAAACAGUUAAAAGUUUACAAAAAGAUCUUCAAACAAAAAUUAGUGCGAUUCUUCAAGCAGUUGAAGAGAAAAGUUACUUUAAAGCAAAACACCUUAUUUUGCAAUUAGAGGUUGAAAGAGAGUUACAAACGUUAGAAAACUUUUAUUCUAGGAAAGGAAAGUAUACUCCUAAUUUUAAACAGACAAGAAAAAGUUUAUCACCGACUAGAAAUAAAGAAAAAAUAGAAAAAGAUACUGAAAGUAAAAAUAAAAAGGCAACAAGGAAAUUAAAGUCAAAUAAAUUGGUUGAAGAGAAAGAUAAAAUUUCAAUAAUAGAAAAUGAAACUGAAAGUCAAAAGAAAAAAGCACCAAGGAAAUUAAAUUCAAAUAAACUGGCUGAAGAGAAACAAACAAUUUCAGAAAUAGAAAAUGAAACGGGAGGUCAAAAUAAAAAAGCACCAAGGAAAUUAAAUUCAAAUAAAUUGGCUAAAGAAAAAAAUAUAAUUGCCGAAAUAGAAAAUGAAACGAAAACGGGAAGUCAAAAUAAAAAGGCACCAAAAAUAUCAAAGUCAAUUGAAAUGACUUCUCGAGUUGGCAAUGUUCCGACAAAAAAUAAAAAGAUAUCAAAGUCAAUUGAAAUGACCUCUCGAGUAGGUAAUGUUCCAACAAAAAAUAAAAAGGCACCAAAGAUAUCAAAGUCAAUUAAAAUGACCUCUCGAGUGGGUAAUGUUCCAACAAAAAACAAACACGUGAAAGGAAAACCAAAUAUGCAAAUAAGUUGGAAAAGUAAGGUUACGGUUGGAAAUGAAAAAAGACAACAAAAUCAUCAAAGACCGGAAGAAGAAAACCCUCUAGAAAGGAUGGUUUCUAUAUUAUCAUCUAUUAUAACUUUAAAAGAGAACAAGCAAACCAAAAGAGCAAACGAAUUAAUAAAAACAGUAAGAGGGAAAAUGCAAGGAUUUUCAAAUGUUGUUAGAAAGAAGAUUGACUCAAUUUUAAAGUACAUACUGGAGGGAGAAUACAUUCAAGCUAAAUUACUUGUGAUAGAGUUGGAACAUCCAGAAGAAUCGCCUACAAACAGCAGAAAUGACAGAAACACUAUAGACGGUUUAACAAAUCGACGACAAGGAGAUGAAAAUCAUUUACAAGGCAACCAGAAAAGUAAAAGCAUAAUAGAACAUAAUAUCACAUAUAAGGAUGAAAGAGUUCAACCAAAGGAACCUAGAAAAAUGAGAAGACAUAACAAACAUUACCGACGACUAAAGAGAUCCAUGAAUUGGUCUCAUCAAGCUAAAACUGCUUUACAUAACAAAAUGCCAAAUAAAAAUGAUCCACAUGAAUGGCAGAACAAGCACAUGCCGACUGGUACAAUACACAAAAAGAUAAAUGAUCAUGCGGUUCCACAUGACUGGAAUACAAGGAACAUGCCGACUGAAACAACACAGAAAAAGAUAAAUGAUCAUACGGAUCCACAUAACGGGAAUACAAGGAACAUGCCGACUGGUACAAUACAUAAAAAGAUAAAUGAUCAUACGAAUCCACAUAACGGGAAUACAAGGAACAUGCCGACUGAAACAAUACAGAAAAAGAUAAAUGCUCAUACGGUUCCACAUCACGGGAAUACAAGGAACAUGCCGACUGGUACUAUACAUAAAAAGAUAAAUGAUUAUACGGUUCCACAUAGCUGGAAUACGAGGAACAUGCCGACUGAAAACAACCAGAACAAGGUGAAUAACGACUUUCUUACAAGGUAUGACAAAACAGAAAACGGAAAGUUGAUUGAGAGUAUUAUUUACUUAUUAGAAAAGAACAAAUGUAGUCAUGCAACUGCAUUAACUAGUUUGUUGUAUCGGAAUAUAGUGAAGAAAUUCAACAAAAAUAGAACCAAGAACAGUAAUUCGCAUAUUCAAGCUGCAGGAAGCUCAACAACGCAUCAGACAAGUUUGACUCAAAGAAUAACUUACUUAAACACACCUGGUCGACUUAAAUAUAUUAUACAAGAGCUGAGAGCAAAACGAUCGUAUCUUAAUGCUAAGCGCUUGAUAGCACAUGAAAGAUUAAUGUUCGAAUCGAGUGGAGAUGCACGAUUCCAAAAAGAAAUGAAAAAUAUUUUAGAUCAUCUUCAAAAUAAUAAAACCACACAGGCUGAUCAGUUAAUUGAAAGCUUAGUUGCACGGGACAGCGACUUGUGGACCGCAUGGUUUUUAGCAAGAUUUAAAGAUUAUGUAAACUACAAGAUGUGGCACUUUUGGAACUGCGUUAGAGAAAUGGUCUCUCGCGAUUAUGAUAAAAUAAUGAACAUUCCUGCAGCAAAUCUGAAAAACAAAAAAGAGUUAAUAGAUAUUCUUACGAUUAUAUUCAGCAAUAGAAACAAAGCCAUUGACAUGAUAACAGCUUUAUUUGAAAAACUUUUGAACACCGUGCCGGAAAUAAGUCAUGAGCACACAAUCAACAACUCAAGUAUUCACAAGUCUGAAAAUGAAAUACAUGACACUGACAGCUUUCUUGCUCAUAAUAUAAAAAUGGUAGAACAUAUAAUGUUAUUAUUAAAAAAUAAGCAGUGCAGUAGAGCGGCUGUAGCAGCUAAAAUACUAUAUACGAAACUAGAGGGUGCAAAAAAGAGAAUUCAGAACAAAAGUCUACAUAAUGUAGUUAAUGGGCCAAUCAAUGAAAAAGACAGGAUGUACACCAUGUAUAGCUUAGUACUUCUAGAGGACAUGAUUGGUCGAUUAGAUAGGGCCAAAUCCAUUUCGUCAACAAGCCAUCAUUUAGAAAAUUUUCAGAAAAAACAUCCCACAUUUAAAAAUCACAAAUCAAUCUCAGUUAUUUUAGAUCUUUUAAAAAAGAAAAAAAUUAAAGAAGCGAUGAGUGUAAUUAAACUGUUAAAACUUAAAACCCUGCCAUCAUUUGAAAAAGAGGAAGAUCAUAAUAAGAGCAGGAGAAGAAGAUCGAUGGUGCGACGGAAAUCGGAUACUGUAUCAAGACUUCGCCGAAUAUUGCAACUUAAAUCAUUAGGUGAUAAAUUCCAUAACCGUAUUGCUGAUAAGCUGACAAUGUCUGAAGUAAAAAUCGCAAAACAUCAUCCGGAUCCGGAAUAUAGAUUUGUUGUAUUCAAAAUUCUGAAAAACAUUGUAAAUGACGAAGUCAAAAAAGCUUCAUAUUUGUUGGACAAUUUUCCAAAUAGGUUAAAGCAGCAAGGUAUGAAGUCUGGAAAACCUAUAAAAGGAAGAGUUUAUUCUAAAUCAGGGAAAGCUAAACAUACAUUUAUUACAAAACACAAUGGAACCAUGAAGAUAAAGAAACUAAGUAAUUCCUCUGCUAUACCAUACAAGUCGAUAUCAAGCUCGCACCACAGUAAGAACGACAGUCAACAUAAAAUGUUUGCUAGACCUAAGAAGUUGGGAUCAAUUUACCACAGAAAACACGACAGUCCAUACAAAUUGGAAGCAAGCUCGAACCACAACAGAAAUAACCUUGAUUUGUAUCAGAAACUCCCUGGUAACAUAACACUUAUAAUCAGGCCAAAGUUCAAUAUUUUUCUAUCUGGGAAAAAACUUAACCCUCUAAAGAAUUCUACGGGUAACUAUAAAUUAGAAUUAACAAACAGACACGAUAGAAGAUUACUGCAAGGGAAGCAAAGCGUGCAGCAUAAACGAGAAAAAAUCCCUAUUGGUGAAGGCAAACAGAGUAAAGAAAAUAGAAAAUAUGAGAGCAAUAGACACAGAGCAUUGAUAGACAAGGGAAAACGUAUUAGAAAUACAAAAAUAGAACAUGCAACAGGAAGUCGUAAAAAAAAUAUAUCAACUAAAGACGUACUUACCAAAGACGGAAAGAAAAAACAGACAAAAGACAACCAAAAUCUUUCAAGAUCAGGAAGUCAAGAACAUAGAAAAAAUGAGACAAAUAGAUACAGGGCAUUGAUAGCUAGAGAAAAGCAUAAUAAAGAUUCGAAAAUAGAAAAUGAAACCGGAAGUCGAAAUAAAAAAGCAUCAAUUGAAACCAAAGAGGGAACAGGAAAACACAUAAAAGACAACAAACACUUAUCAAAAUCAGGGAGUCAAAAAAAUAUGACAAAUCCUAAAAUUAUACAGUCAUCUAGUACACAACAUUUGCAGAAGUCACAAAUUAGUGAGCGUAUUGAUCCUAUAGAUCGAACAAUUUCGGAACUUACUUCAAUAACUUCGAUGCAGGAAAGUAAAAACUAUGAAAAUGCUAAAACAGCUAUAAAUGCAGAAAGAAAAAAAGUCAAAACUUAUCCAAAAGAUCUGCAAGGGAAAAUUGGUGCAGUUAUUCAAGCCAUUGAAGAGAAAAAUUUCUUUCGAGCAAGACAUCUUAUUUUGAAGUUGCAGGUUGAACGAGAGUUUGAAACGUUAGAUAACAUUAGUAUACAUGGAAAAAAGUCGGUUAGUCGUAAACAGAUGAAAGGGAAAAAUAAAAAAGCGAAAAUGGAAAAUGAAACGGGAGUUCAAAACAAAAAAGCACCAAGAAGAUUGAUAUCAACUAAACAGACCAAACAGAGAAACAAAAAUGCGAAAUUAAAAACUGAAACGGAAAGUUUAAAUAGAAAGGCUUCAAAGACAGUAAAAUCAAACAAAGUGACAAAAGAACAGAAUAAAAUUCCAAACAUUAAAAAUGAAACGGGAAGUGAUAAAAAAGCACCAAGAAAACUAAAAUCUACAGCGAUGUCCAAAGAUAAUAAUAAAGCUAAAACAUUAAAAAAUGAAACGAGAAGUCAAAAUAAAAAGGCUUCUAAGAGUUUGAAAUCAACUGGAGCAACAGAACAUAAAACUAAAAUUGUAGAACGAGGAAAAAGACCCGGAGGUCAACAUAAAAAGGCGUCAAAGAGAUUAAUUUCAAAUGAAGUGCUCAAAGAGAAAAAUAAUCAAUCAAAAUUAGAAAAUGAAACGGAAAAUAAAAACAAAAAAGCUUCAAAAAGACUCAAAUCAAUUAAGAUGGCCAAAAAUAAAAUUGAAAAAGCAAAAAUUGAAAAUGAAACGGGCAGUCAAAAUAAAAAGUCAUCAAAAUCAACUGAAGUAACAAAACACAAGAAUAAAGUUUCAGAACCAGAAAAAGGAAAGGGAGGUCAACAUGCAAAGGAUUCAAAGAGAUCAAAAUUAAAAGUACCUAAAGAAAAAAUCAAACAGUCAAAAUUAGAAAGUAAAAUAGAAAUUCGAAAUAAAAAGGCACCAAAGAUAUCAAAAUCAACUGCAUUGGCUUCUGGGAAGGCAAAUUCUCCCAAAAAUAACAAACAUUUGAAAAGAAAACCAAAGAUGAGAAGAAUUUUAAAAGAGAAAAAUACACAAACGAAUGGAAAGGAGAAAAGACCGGUAGGAUUAAACUGGCCUGAAAGGAUAGCAUCUAGUUUAUCAUCUAUUAUAGCUUUGGAAGAGAAGAUGCAAAAAAAAAGGGCAAACGCUUUAAUUAAAAAAGUAAAAAGGGAACUAAGCCACCUAUCGAAAGUUUUAAGGAAAAAGGUUGACUCAAUAUUAAACUACAUAAUGAAGGAAGAAUACAUUAAAGCCAAGUUACUCAUUAUAGAAUUGGAACAAUCAGAAUUAGAAGUAUCACCAGCAGCCAUUGGCAAUGACAGAAAUACUGAAGACGUAAGUCAGCUUACUUCAAAUAAAUCAGAUCAUUCGGCAUGGGGCCCAUGCAGUUCAACCUGUGGUGUCGGUAAGUCGGAAAGGAGGCAGCAGUGUCUAAAAGAAGACGAAUGUAAUGAACUUAUUCAUGUAGAAAGACGACCAUGUUGGCUGGCACCUUGCCCAGACGAGUAGAAAAUAAACCAAACAUGGAAAAUUGUAGAACUAUUAUAUUGACCAAUCAAAACAUUUCUUUAAGAUUAACAUUAGAAAAAAACUAUAAACAAAAUAAAAGUCUUUGUCUGAUUUAACUGAUCAGUCAUACAUAAUGUUGUAGAAUAUGAUCACACAUAA